GUAUUUAUAUUCACACUGGUAAAAAUGGAAAUUAGCAACGUUUAUCGUUUCAUUCACACAAUCACUGUACUUUUCGACUGAAUGUUGGUUGCAUCUACUAGCAGGCUGACUACCCGAAUGGCAGAGCGCACAGAAGUUCCUGAUGAAGGCGUGUAGGUAAUACUUUGACAGCCCUGGAAGACAACAUGUCUGAAGAGGCAAUUUCGGAAAGUGACCUGGAGGGCAGCAUUGACAGCGAAGAGGAGUGUAUGGAAAAUGAGGAGGAGGAGGAGGAGGAUGAAGACUUGGAGGAAGACGAGGAGGAAAAUGAUGGAGACGACGAAGAUGAUGGACUUGAGCGACCUGCAAGUGCCCAGAGUCGAGCCGAUGGGGAUGGCAGGGACUCCAACUCAACUACCUCUGGAGAGCCUUCCUCAGAGCCUCCAUCCCGGCCGUCCUCCAGACCCGCCUCUCGAUCUCAGCCUCCUGCCAGCGCGGGGAACUCGAGUGAGAGCAAAGUCGCGUCUAGAAAAACAAAGAAGGACAAAGCUUCUAAAUUAACAAAAUCACUCAAAUCUUCAAAAAGCUCCAAACCUCCAAAACCAGCCAAGCCAGCUCACAUGAGGAAGAACAUCAGAAAGCUGCUGCAAGAGGACCAGCUUGAGGCUGGAACUAAAGCAGCUCAGCUGGAGGAGAUGGAGAGGCGGAAACGACUGGAGCAGCAGAGGAAAGACUUUCCUACUCCGGCCCCAUCUCUAGCGGACGCGCAACUGGUGGAAACGGCAGCUUUAUUAGCAGAAGUAUCUCAGUUGGUUCCUGCUCUCCAGGGUAAACAGGAUGUGAUCUGUCUGGAUAGUAGUGGCGAGGAAGAUGAAAAAGCGGAUAUAAAUUUGCCCGCCCUCGCCAUUGGGGAUGAUAUAAUUGAGCUCAGUUCGGGGGACGAAGACACCCUGCAGAUAAGCAGCGAGUCGGCUGACGAGGAAGCCGAUGCCGCCCACGGCUCAGAGGAGAGCAGCGGCGCUCACAUAAACGACGCGCUGAACUUGCCUGACGCCCAGGGUCGAGUCCUGGUGAACAUCAACCACCCUCCAGAGGAGAAAGAUGUUUACCUCACCCCACAGCUGGCCCGAGCCGUUAAACCUCACCAAAUUGGGGGAAUCCGGUUUCUCUACGAUAACCUGAUCGAGUCUUUGGACCGGUACAAGACCAGCAGUGGUUUUGGCUGCAUCCUCGCUCACAGCAUGGGCUUGGGCAAAACUCUGCAGGUCAUUUCCUUCAUCGACAUUCUUCUGAGGAACACAGAGGCCCACACUGUUCUAGCUAUCGUCCCUGUGAACACGCUCCAGAACUGGCUGACAGAGUUUAAUCUCUGGCUCCCACCCCAGGAAGCACUUCCUCCUGACACCGACCCUACGUUCGUCACUGGCCGCACGUUCAAAGUUCACAUUCUCAAUGAUGAACACAAAACCACGAUGGCCAGGGCCAAGGUUGUGGAGGAGUGGUCCAGAGACGGAGGUGUGUUGUUGAUGGGCUAUGAGAUGUACCGCCUGCUGUCCAUGAAGAAGAGCUUUGUGAUGGGGAAGAAGAGGAAAACAAAAAAACCAGCUGGGCCGGUUAUUAUUGACCUGGAUGAAGAGGACAGGCAACAAGAGCUCAUGAAAGGGAUUGAAAAGUCAAUAUCACGGCCCGGUCCUGACGUGGUGAUCUGCGACGAGGGCCACCGCAUUAAGAAUUACCACGCCAGCACGUCGCAGGCCUUGAAGAACAUCCGCUCCAGGCGCAGGGUGGUUCUGACGGGCUACCCGCUGCAGAACAACCUCACAGAGUACUGGUGCAUGGUGGACUUCGUCAGACCAGACUUUCUAGGCACGCGCCAGGAGUUCAGCAACAUGUUUGAGCGUCCCAUCUUGAACGGUCAGUGCGUGGACAGCACACCCCAAGAUGUCCGCUUGAUGCGCUAUCGUAGUCACGUGCUGCACAGCUUGUUGGAGGGCUUCGUUCAGAGGCGAGGUCAUGACGUGCUGAGACACCACCUCCCAAAUAAGGAGGAGUUUGUGAUCCUGGUGCGGCUCUCUCCCAUUCAGAAGGCGCUGUACACCGAGUUCAUGAAGCGCUUUCGAGAGGCAGGGAACAGCGGCUGGCUCGGCCUCAACCCACUUAAAGCUUUUUGCGUCUGCUGCAAGAUCUGGAAUCACCCUGACGUCCUCUAUGAAGCCCUGGAGAAGGAGAACCAGGCCAAUGAGCAGGAUCUGGACCUGGAUGACAUUACCUCGGCCAGUAACCCACGCUGCCCUGCUCCCAGUGCCAGCCUGAAGACCAAAGUGGCCGACUCAAGCAAAGGCAACAACAGCCUGCCGCCGCUCAAUCCGUCUCAAGAUAGAGCCAAUCAGGUCAUCACAUAUGAAUGGGCAAAAGACAUCAUGUCAAACUACCGGACGGGAGUUUUAGAAAACUCAGCUAAGAUUGUUCUGCUCUUCCACUUGAUUGAAGAAAGUGUCAGGAGAAGAGACAAGAUUUUGGUCUUUAGCCAAAGUUUAAACACUCUGACAGUCAUUGAGGAUUUCCUUUCAAAGAGACCCAUGCCCCCCGGCAUCGUCCCCAGCGACAGCCAAAACCAAAACUGGGUUCGCAACCUCAACUACUACCGACUGGACGGGAGUACAUCUGCAACAGAGAGAGAACGUCUCAUCAAUCAGUUUAAUGACCCAGAGAACAAAUCAGCGUGGCUGUUCCUGCUUUCUACACGAGCGGGCUGUUUGGGGGUGAAUCUGAUCGGGGCCAGCCGUGUUGUCGUCUUUGACGCAUCGUGGAACCCGUGUCACGACGCCCAGGCGGUGUGUCGCGUGUACCGCUACGGUCAGAGGAAGCCUUGCUACAUCUACCGCCUGGUCUGUGACUUCACCCUGGAGAAGAAGAUCUAUGACAGACAGGUCUCCAAACAGGGCAUGUCGGACCGGGUGGUUGAUGACUUGAACCCAGUGCUGAACUUCACCCGUAAAGAAGUUGAGUCGCUGCUGCACUUUGUAGAAGAGGAGCCUGAGGCUGAGAAGAGCUCACUGGAAUCGCAGAGAGAGUUGGAGUCGGUGAUAUAUCGAGCUUGUGAGCUUUACCCAAACCUCAUCACCAAGCCACCUUUCCACCACGAGUCGCUGCUCAUGGACCGCAAGGAGUCGAAACUGACCAAAGCAGAGAAGAGAGCUGCAAAAAAGAGCUACGAGGACGAGAAGCGAGCCUCUGUACCGUACUCCCGCCCGUCGUAUGCGCCCUACUACCCAACAAGUGAACACUCGCUGGCGAGCAUCGCAGCGUUUAACCAACGCGGCUGGCGCCAUAUAACACGGCCAGACGACAAGCCAGUUGCGAGCGUCAGGCCCAUCCAGUCGACCCCGAUCCCGAUGAUGCCUCGGCAGGUCAGCAUGGGAAUGGCCGGCUCCAGCUCUGCCGGCAGCCUUCCUCUCAACUUCCUGCAGAAAGCAGGAGUUUACGUGCAAAGGAUUGUCACCACAACGGACAUUGUAAUCCCAGGAGCAAACAGCUCCACAGACGUUCAGGCUCACAUCAGCGCAGGAGAGAGCAUCCACGUCAUUAGAGGAUCGAAAGGUACUUACAUCAGGACGAAUGAUGGAAGGAUUUUUGCUAUUCGAUCUGGAAAGAUCAGCAGGCCGGCAGCUGGAGCAUCUGCUCCAUCUAGAGCAGACACCCAAGGCUCCCUGAUCCACCCAGUGAGCAACGGUUGCUCGUCUCCAGUGGACCAGUCGCGGCGCUCCCCCGCCGCCGACCAGCGGCCCCCGUCUCCUCUGAGCUCCGAUUUCCUUCGAGAGCUCAGCCAUUAUACGUCGUCUACAGGCAACGUCACUGUCGGCAGGGCGAAUGAAUCGUCGUCACUUCUAGAUUUGCAGUCUGCAACAGCGGGGGACGAGGGAGGCUCUCAGACCAGCGAUCAGUGCCGACAACUCGGCAAUGACCUGCUGAGUUCAGCCGCAGAGGCGCAGCGCGGUGGCAAACGGAAGCGUGACGGUGGCCAGGACAACAUGCAGACAGGAGGAAAACACACCUCGGUCACAGCUCAUUUCCCCGGAUUGUCGGUGAACUCUGGUGGGCUCAGUUUCCCACCGGUAGGUCUGAACCUGGGGAACCUGGGUCAUGUGAGUCAGCCGCUUCUAAUGCCUGGGGGAGGAUCUUCAUUCCUCCAAUCUCCGGGACAAACGCUGGCCGACCUGCAGUCCAUGUUCCCCUCGGUGAGCUCGGACCUCCUGAGGCAGCCGGCUGCGGGGAACGGACACCUCCCUCCCUCGUCCUCGGCGUUCUCUGCCGCCUCCUCCACCAUUCCCAUGUCAUCGACAGCAACCUCCUCCUCCCUUUCUUCUGGCACUUUGCCUCCGUACUUGAUGAACCCCAACAUGGCCGGCCUGCUUUCUUCAGGUUUUCCUCUCAGCUACAGUCAGCCACUGCUCUCGUCACCAAGAAUGUUCCCCAGCCCUUUGCUCUCAGGGUCGGGGGGCUUCUCCGUGCCCAACUCCAACUCUGCGACGCCCAGUUUCCUCUCUCAUUUUACCAACCCCACCUCCAGCCUCCUGGGGGCCGCGCUGACGCAGCCGGACAGACACCCGAGCGCGGUGAACGGCGGGGACAGCUCUGAUGAUGACGUCAUAGAGGUGACGGGACAGUAGGACUUCAGAAAGUCCCACUACAGGUUUUUUUGUUUGUUUGUUUCUAAACAAUUUUACAGUCAGAAAAUAAUCAAAAUACAUUAAAAAUGGGAAUUAUUAUACAAAAACGAUAAAACUGAGAGGCGAAAGGCCUGGAAUAAUUUUAUCCAUCAUGGUUUGAAAGUGUUUUCAGAAUCCAAAUGUGACCAAGAAGAGGAAAUGUGAAACUCAGCUCUGAGUUUACAUCUAAAAUGGAUUAAAUGUGAAUAAGUUAUUCCUCAAACAUAAAGUUGGCUACUUCUGAGCCAGUUCUUUGUAAUAAGGAGGUCACACAGGUUCUGUUUUAUCCGGUGCCUUGCAGAAGUUUUCAUACCUCUUACAGCCUUCCACAUUUUGUCAUUUAAUAGUUACACACCUCAAUGUAUUUCAUUGCGAUUCUAUACAAUAGAGACACCCGUUUGCAUAAUUGUGAAGUCGAAGGAAACUAAAACGUGAAUUUGUUUUUACAAAUAAAAAUCUUUUGAAGUGUGGUAUGCAUUUCUGUCCAGCUCCCUCAGAGUUAAUACUUAGUAUUUCCACCCUUAUGAGCGAUUACAGCUUCAGUUUCUUUGACUGUUUUUCAUAUCAAAUACUUAAGUUUUUGCCCAUUUUUCUCUUUCAAAAUAGCUCAAGUUUCAUCAGAAUGGAUGGACAGUGAACAUUCCCAAUUGGAUUUAUGUCUGGACUUUGACUAGGCCUAGACCUACAUGAUUUGAUUUAAACCAUUCCAUUAUAACUUUUGGUCUGUAUUUAGCUCCAUCCUUCUUCAAAUCAGCUUGGAUCAACUUCAACUUCCCUUGGAUCAACUUUUCAGAUUGUCAUUAGGGAAACUUUUAAACCUGCAUUAUUUUCCUUCCACUUCUCAAUCAUUCACUAUAUUAUGCUGGUGCGAAACACAAGAUCCCAAUAAAAUGCAUCAAAUGUGUGGUUGUAAAGUGACGAAAUGUGAAGAAGUUCACUAGGGAUGAGUAAUUCCCAUUUCUAAUGCUCUUUGUCAGUCAAACACACACACUGAUCAUUGUCCCGAAAUACGAGAAUCAAACCGUAAACCCUACAAAGUGCAACAAAAUCCUUAUGCUGAAUGUCUGCGUCUUGGUCAGUGGGAGCGUCGGGAACAGAUGUGUCAAACAAGUACCAGUCGAAUCUUUCUGGGGUUGGCUCUCACAGCCUCUGCUACAUUUUUACACAAAGUGUCGGCGCUCAGUUUUUGCUCCUAACAUUUUAAAUAUGUGACGAAAGCUGCUUCCUGUUGGCUUUUCUCACGAUGAAUUGUAAAACAGUUGAGUGUGGACAGGUUUAACACUCUGCUGCUGAACACUAGUGUUCUCCGUUAUCUCUGUAGAUAAAGGGAUCUUAGCGUUUGUCACAAAGUACACAAUCCAGUGUGUAUACACUAUAAAGAUUACCUUGAAAAGCAGGAAUUUUAGGCAUAUUUUAGUCUUUAGCAGUUUGAUAGACAUUGUAGCAACCCCCUGUUUAAAAGAUACUUGUGACACUGUUAUUGGAAAUGUGGAUACUUUGUAAAUAACAGUCUUUAUCAUUGUUUAUAUUGCAAGUCGAUACCGUGCAGUGUGUAGAUUUCGGUCGUAGAGCGAUUGUUUAUUACAACAGUGACCAUAAUGAAAACCUCAUCCCGGCUUUGAUAAGUGAGGAUAAAAAUUAAAUAUUUAGGAUUUUCUUUGUUUCCCUCCAAACUGAAACGAAUGUACUUUCAUGUUGUCAACAACACAGGGGCGGGGACAUGGAUUUGUACCGUGUAAACUCUUUCUUUGUUAUUUUUAUUUUAUUUUUUUUUUUCCUUUAUCAGCCCAAAACGGUAAUGAGUUUUGAAAUGAAUAGUUAGCUAAUUGUUUUUAUGUAUGCGACAGCUGGCGUUGUGAGAACAAGCAGCAAAUUUGAAAGCCAAAUGAAGCUCAAACCAAGGAGUAACGUCAUUAACUCAUUCACCUUUACCUUUUAGUUGUGGAUUGGUCAGAAGUUCACUUGCACUCCUCAUCAAGAUGGACAUAAUACAUACUUAAGACUUAUUUUUUUUUGGUUUACUUCUACUGUUUUUUCAGUGAGCGCUAAUAAUGAAAUUAUGAACUCUAAGGUUUCACCUUGACCUCAUGCUUUUUGCAGCCAUAAGCAAGCUUCAGUCAUAAUGCUGUCUGGAUAUUUGACCACACUUCUUAUUAAAAGUUGUAAAAGUUAAUUAAAUGAUUCGGUUAGCAUCAAAGUCAUCCCAAAUGUUUAAUGUUGGCCUUCUUUAUUUAUUCCGAAACCAGUUUUGAUUUGUGCUUGCAAUCAUUAUCCUACUGUAAAAUGCGAAGUGUAUAAAGUUUUAGCUUUUCAUUUCAGGUGAUGUUAAAAAAUAUUGAAAUUGCCACCCAUGUACUUACAGCAAAGCAUCCAUACAGCAUGAUGCUGCCGCCACCAGUUUAUGGUGUUCUUUGUUUUGAAAAGUCUCACCUCUGCUCCUCUAGAUCAACCUCUUCUCAACAAUGGUUGGCAGUUUUAAACAGGGUACAGUGUUGACGGUAACACUGGUGUUCCAGCAACUUUCAGUUCAUGAGAGAACUGAGCUUUGGUGGUUCCAGUGUUGUUUUUCAGCAUCUGAACCAAUUUUACUUCAUCUGAGCAACUGAGUUUUAGUCAGACGGUUGAAAUUUGGGUAUUCCAGCAGGAAAAUGAUCAUAGACGACAAAUAAAAAUGUAUAUGAGAACUGAUGAAACAGACUGACAUUAAGUGAGUACAAUGGAAUAUGCUUAAAAGUCAAGUCGAACCCUGUUAACCAAAUAAUUUUACUCUUGUUGGAAAUGUGGUCAAAUAUCCAUUUUUAAGUUUGUUGAUGGUUACAAAAAUGUGCGUGGUUUCUCUGGGUGUAUGCAUAAUUUUGACCUUGUGUGGAUUUGAGAUAAUCCAUAAUAUACUUAUUUUUAUUAACUCAUUAGAGGUAUCUAUCAUCAGUCUGACCAAAAUAUAAGCAGCUUCAAAUCAUUAUUAAAGCCCAUUCCUUUCACACCACAGAGUGUACAUUUCUGACCAGUUCUAGUCAUUUAACCUAAACCCGACAUUGCAAACCGAGGCUUUUAUUUACAGGAGGUCUGUUGGAACAAAUAUUACCUUAUCUUAGAGGAAGCAUUGAAUCGGCACAGCUUGAGUGAACGAAACCUUCAGUCAGUGUCGCCCCCUUCAUUUGAACCUGAUGACUUUUCUAUAUCAGUAAAACUGCCGGUGAGAGUGGCUGAGCCAGGUGAGUUGAUGCGGUGGCCUUACAAACUGACAGUGCCGUUAUGUGAUGAUCGCCGUUAGAUUCUGUGUGCGUAGCUUCUGUCAGGAGUGUCACUAAGUGUCGGUUGCUUUAUGGCUGUUUAGGUCUCGUUUUCUGUGUCUGUUUCUGUGUUGCCUUCGAGGUGUUUAGAUGUAGGAAAUGUCACUUUCCUCUGCUGGUAAACUAGGUUAGACUCAGUGAUUACUGGCCUUUAGGAAACACUGGAUAAGCUGAGACAACAGAUGAUUCCCCAUUGGAGUUGCAUAUUUCAGUUUUCAAGUAUGGGAACCUGCGUCCCUGCAGUUUCAGUACUGUUUGAUUUCUGUCGGCUGCUGGCUCCUCUGUCUCCUCCCGGCUGCUUUAUUUCAAGUCUGUCAGAAAGAUUAUGUGGAUUUUUUUUCCUGCGUGUCACGAGAACCUGUGAUUUCUGAUUUAAAAAGUGGAGCUACCACUUUGCAUAAGGAACAUUUCUUCAUAUUAACUGUGCGAGGUACAUUAUACUGACCCCUCUCUUUUCUUUUUAUAGUUUAUAGAAUAUUUUAUUACAGAAUAGUUUUUUUUCAUGACGUCUAAUUCUGAUUAAUCCACUUGACGAUCGAGUUUUUCAUUUUGAUGUCUGAAAUGUUCUUAUUUAUAAUGUAAAAUAUGGUUUUGUAACUGCAUUUUUUUGUUACCUUUUGUUCACUAUGACCCAUUAAUGGCUGAUCCAGUAAAAAUUUCAUACAUGCAGCCUAAAUCAAAUAAAAACUAUGUGAUAUCAAUGUUAUUUCAAAAAUAAAAUAAUCUUCU